AUGUAUCUGUCAGCUGUUGCCUUUCUCUUCACUGCCUCUGCCCUCCUGGCAUCUGCGGCACCCACUCCUACAGAGAAUCUCCAGCCUCGCGCCUGCACCACCAUCUACCCCGACAUCGCUCGGGUUGAAGAGGCUCGGCCAGUGGAAUCCUACCUCCCCGGCUUCAUCGCCUCCCAGAGCGAAGGCAACACGAACAAUAAAGAUGCCUUCGCCGAAUUCACUGUCCCGGACGGCCAUUGGGGGUGCACUCUCCAAGCAUAUUGGCCUCAGAACUACCCCAUUCAACGGACCGGCAACGAUCUGGUCUACGUCUACUCCGUUCAGGCGCCCUUGAGCCGCAGCCCCAGGGGCAUCGAUAUUUCGUGGGCGUACAGCCCUGUGCCAGGAGCUCAUAUUGGGACAGUUCGGUUUCAAAGCGCAUCGUGGGGACCGAGCACGCAAUGGAUCAAUAGCGUCACUUGUGCUCCAAAGCUGGCAUUCCGGUUUGCCAUUGGGGAGACGGGGGCUGGAAGCAUUGAGUUUAAUCAACAAGCUGGGGUUGCUGGCCUGAGGCUGACUUAUGACUGUUAA